GGCAGGUUGUGAGUGUUUUGUCUAUUUAAGUUAUAUGGAUUUCAUUCGAUUUCAAGAAGUAAAGAAAUAAAAAAUAAAUGAAAUGUUAAGAAAUCCGAAGCUCGAAGAAUUCCAAAUGGACACCAAGCCGCCCCGAAAGAGUUUUCAACACAAAUUCAGUGAUUUUCUGCAUAAUGAUGAGACUGGUACUAUUUUAGGUCGCACUCCUGAAAGCUGGUCUAAGAUCUUGGUCUUCUAUACAAUAUUCUAUGCAGCACUCAUAGCUCUGUUUGCAAUCUGCAUGGUGACAUUCCUGCAACAGUUCAUUAACCCCCGAGUACCUCGUCUCCAACAGGAGUACAGUGUGAUUGGUACAAGUCCAGGCUUGGGCUUCCGACCCCUUCCCGCUGAUGUAAGGAGUACACUAAUAUAUUACAAGGGAACAGGAUAUGAAAGCUAUAAAUUUUGGGAAGACCAGCUAAUUGAUUUCUUGUCAGUAUACAAGAAGAAGGGGCAGACGGCAGGCACGGGUCAGAAUAUUUUCAACUGUGACUUUAGGAAUCCACCUCCCCCUGGCAAGGUCUGUGACGUAGACAUCCGAAGCUGGGAUCCUUGCAUUGAAGAGAAUCACUUCUCCUUCCACAAGUCUUCACCUUGCAUCUUCCUGAAGCUUAAUAGGAUCUACGGCUGGCGGCCCGAGUUCUUCGACGACCUGGCGAGCCUCCCGCCCGACAUGCCCGACGACCUGGUCUCCUACAUCACGAACGCCACCGCCAACAACCGGGACUAUGCCAACAUGGUGUGGGUGUCGUGCCAAGGCGAGACCCCGGCCGACAGGGAGAUGUUGGGCCCCAUCAGCUACCUGCCUUACCCUGGUUUCCCGGGAUAUUUCUAUCCCUAUGAAAACGCGGAGGGAUAUUUGAGUCCGCUCGUGGCUAUACAUCUUCAAUCUCCUAAAACUGGCAUAAUACUGAACAUCGAGUGUCGCGCCUGGGCCAAGAACAUCAGGUACGACCGCCGGGAGAAGCUAGGGGUCGUUCACUUCGAGCUUAUGCUGGAAUAAUUUAACCACAUCGAGCAGACCAAUCUCACUUGGGCCAUACUUAAGUUGGACUGAUCUUGCCGGUCUGGACUAAGGCCUUAUUCAAUAGACAUUGUUUUAAAGAAACUGAAAAUUAAACCUCGAAUCUCUGGUUUGAAUCUAGCGAUUAUUCAGCUUCAUAUGAAAAUUAAUUUUCUCUAUUCGGAUUUGUAUAAUCUAGUUGUAAUAUAGAAAAAGUGUGUCCGUCCAUUUAUAACUGAAUUUUAUACAAAUCAAUUGGAUUAGAAUUUAAGAAGAUACCGGGUGUAAGAAGGUCGGUCGUGAAACUGAAAUAGGAAUGAAUUACUGUCGUACACAGAGAUGAUGCAUUUACUAAAUCUAUACUAAUAUUAUAAACCUGAAGAGUUUGUUUGUUUGAACGCGCUAAUCUC